CAUCACACUCACACAGCGCUGGAUGAGACAAAUCCCCCAUCCAUCCUGCUGCUACUGCCAGAGGCCCAGAGUGCCAUCCGUCAUCCACUUGCCAAAUCAAGCUAGCACUACUACAAUAACCCGCCACCAUUUACGCAACUCUCCAUCAUCACUUAGCUGAAGAACAACCAAUCAUCCCCAUUUCCAUUCUCAUGCCACUGUGCUGGCUUAGCUGCCUCUAGGCUCUGCCUGUCUGCGCGCGUGUGUCUCCCUCUGAAUGGCCAACGCGUCAAGAAGACCGGCAACGGCAACAAUGGCGCUGUUGCUGCUACUGGUGCUGCUGGAACUAGCAGCGAUGACGGGCCUGUCUCAGGGGCAGCUCCAGGUGGGGUUCUACUCGGAGUCCUGCCCGGACGCCGAAGACAUCGUGUCCUCGGCGGUCCAGGACGCCGCCGCAUCCGACCCCACUCUCCUCCCCGCCCUCGUCCGCCUCCAGUUCCACGACUGCUUCGUCAGAGGGUGCGACGGGUCGGUGCUGAUCGCGGGCGCUGAAGUCAAGAACAGCAAGCACCAGGGCCUCCGGGGCCUGGACGUGGUGGACGCGGCCAAGGCGUUGCUGGAGGAGCAGUGCCCAGGGGUCGUCUCCUGCGCCGACGUCCUCGCCCUGGCCGCCCGCGACGCCAUCGGCAUGACCAACGGGCCUUCCUUCGACGUGCCGACGGGGCGCCGGGACGGGCUGGCCUCCAACGUCCGCGACGCGGACGUGCUCCCGGACGCCAGCGACAACAUCCAGACCCUCCGGUCCAAGUUCGCCACGGCCGGGCUCGACGACCGGGACCUGGUGCUGCUCACCGCGGCGCACACCAUCGGCACCACGGCGUGCUUCUUCGUCAAGGACCGGCUCUACGGCGCGUCGGGCUCCGACCCGGGGAUCCCGGCGGGGUACCUGGCGGAGCUCAAGGCACGGUGCGCGCCGGGGGACUUCAACACGCGGGUGCCGCUCGACAGGGGCAGCGAGGCCCGGUUCGAUGGGUCGAUCCUGAGGAACAUUCAGGCCGGGCUCGUCCCCAUUGCUUCUGACGCCGCUCUUGUCGCCGAUAAUGCCACCGCCGCGCUUGUUGGCGCGUACAUCGGUUCCCCGAGGUUUAGGAGGGAUUUUGUGGGAGCUAUGGUGAAGAUGGGUACUAUUGGGGUGAUUACUGGGGGUAAUGGGGAGAUCAGGGACGUCUGCUCAGCGUUCAACACCAACUGAGAAUUAAUGUGAGAUUGUGAGGUCGAUGUGAUAGAGAGAGAGAGAUCGAACGUAUACGUUGCUUGUUAUACACGUGCUGAAUGACAUUGUUAGAUGCAUGCGGAAAAUCGCUGUACAUUUCUUGGGAAAACGUGGACAUAUAUUUUUCUUCUUCUUUUUCCA